AUGACCAGUAUUGCCCCAGGACAUGCCAGCCAUGUCACGACCACGCCCACAGCGUCCGACGAACCACAUGAGAUGAGUCCAACCCCGCGCUCGGCAGCCGCCAACAACCAGCCCGCCAUAUGUCCUACAGAUCACUCCACCAUACUGCCCGUGCAGUCUAGGUCCAUGGAGACCACGACCGAGAGGAAGAUUCCCAAACAGAGUUGGGAAUACGUAGUGCGCAGUGGAACCGCGGGCGGUCUGGCAGCAUGCGCAGCGAAGACGGUGGUUGCUCCCCUUGAUCGGGUYAAGAUUCUAUUCCAGGCCAACAACCCACAAUUCCAGAAAUAUACAGGGACCUGGUCGGGGGCAUUCAGAGCGAUUGGGGAUAUCUAUAGCGCAAAUGGUACAAGGGGUUUGUUCCGUGGCCAUAGUGCAACACUUCUCAGGAUUUUCCCCUACGGAGGAAUCAAGUUCCUUGCCUAUGAGCAAGUCCGCGCGGUAGUGAUCCCAAGCCGGAAGCAGGAGACACCAGUUCGAAGGUUUGCUGCUGGAUCUUUAGCGGGCGUCGUCUCGGUGUUUUGCACAUAUCCACUUGAAGUGAUCCGUGUGCGGUUGGCGUGGGAGACCAAGACUCAUAAGCGGGUCACGGUCAGAGACAUAUGCGGUAUAAUAUACCGGGAGCAUCCCCCCGCGCCUGCACCGAUUACUCCGUCUGCUGGAAAACUACCACAGGCGGCAGGGGCUACCGCAGAGGCCAUUCAGCGCAUAACACCCACUGCAGGCCUCGCGAACUUUUUUCGAGGAUUCACACCCACGAUAUGGGGAAUGAUUCCAUACGCUGGAGCUUCUUUCCUCACUCAUGACGCAGCCGGGGAUUUUAUGCGUCGAAGCGCUUUAGCACCCUACACCAUUCUACCACUUUCAGAACGAUCGGCGAAGCAACUAGCGCCCGGCAAACCACCGCCCUUGAGAGCGUGGGCUGAACUUGCAACAGGCGCAUUUGCGGGGUUUGUCAGCCAGACACUCAGCUACCCACUGGAGGUGAUACGACGAAGGAUGCAAGUCGGCGGAGUCGUUGGUGACGGACACCGGCUGACCAUGGUCGAGGUCGGACGAAGCAUAAUCAGCGAGCGAGGAUAUCGCGGAUUCUUUGUGGGGCUCGGGAUUGGAUAUGUGAAGGUGGUGCCGAUGGUGGCGACGAGCUUCUAUGUUUACGAGAGGAUGAAGGUAACUUUUGGGAUAUAA